AUGCAGCUCCCAUGGGCCGGCCGCGAGGGCCCUGGACAUGACUCCCUUCUACCAAUGUCCAAUAUCCCAUCCAUCACUGGGCUUGUGGGGGAUCUUACCGACUCUGGCGAUGGUGAUCGUCAACAGCGACCAGGUCGCCAUGUCAGAACUACCUCUGCGCAUGCACGAAACGUGGCCGACCAGUUCUCCUACAUGACCCCGAGCGAAGCAGCGGCGAACUUACGAACCUCCCUCACGCAUGGCCUUACACCGACUGAAGCUUUGACUAGACUAGGCGAUUAUGGACCAAACGAGAUUCCGCAUGAUCCUCCCGAACCAUUGUGGUUGCGCUUCGUCAAGCAGUUCCAGGAGCCCCUGAUCCUGCUCCUCCUCGUAUCGGCCGGAACAUCGCUACUCCUGGGUAAUAUGGAUGACGCCGUCAGCAUCACGGUCGCCGUGACCAUCGUGGUUACCGUAGGCUUUGUGCAGGAAUAUAGAUCCGAGAAAUCUAUUGAGGCUCUCAACCACCUUGUCCCGAACCAUGCGCAUCUCGUUCGUGGUCAGAACAAGGCGCCCCCUGUCGGCAAGACUCCUACUUGGCCUCCACGUCCCGAUGACGACGAGCCGGCGCCUUCUCCCGGCUCUGUUACUCCCAUUAGCGAUAUACUAGAUGCCACUUCUUCCAAGGUUAUGGCUUCUCAGCUGGUUCCUGGCGACCUUGUCCUCUUCACCACGGGCGAUCGCAUUCCUGCCGACAUCCGGGUUACCAAGGCUGCGGAUUUGACAAUUGAUGCUUCGAAUCUUACGGGAGAGACAGAGCCUGUAAGGAUUACAGUCGAUGCUCGUCGCCGUGGUCUCGGCUCCUACGCUUUCGACAAGGCACAACACCCACGACCCGGAUCGCUCGCUCCCGAUGAGCAUGCAGACUCUCACGGAGAUGGAAUUCAUAAUAUUGCUUACAUGGGAACUUUGAUCAAGUCUGGACACGGCCAGGGCAUCGUCUUUGCAACUGGAGGACACACGCACUUUGGCACUAUUGCGACCAGUGUGUCUGGUACUGAAAGCCCGCGAUCCCCUCUCCAAUUGACCAUGGAUGAUCUCGGCUCGCAGCUGAGCAAAGCUUCAUUCCUGGUCAUUGGUCUUAUCUCAGUUGUCGGUUGGUUACAGGGAAAGAAGCUCCUUGAAAUUUUCACCAUUUCGAUCUCACUGGCUGUCGCUGCUAUUCCGGAAGGCUUACCCAUUAUUGUCACCGUUACCUUGGCUCUUGGAGUGCACCGUAUGGCUAGGCACAAUGCGAUCGUGCGAAGGAUGCCCAAGGUUGAGACACUAGGCUCUGUUAAUGUCGUCUGCACUGAUAAGACCGGAACUCUAACCACGAACCAUAUGACGACCACUCGAAUGUGGUAUUUUGGAGCCCAGGAGCCGGUUCAAGUUGAUUCUGAUAAUGAGGCUCUGGAUACCAAUCCGGACCUCAACCAAGCUACCCUGCGAGUCCUUCGCAUUGGAAACAUCGCCAAUGAUGCGCGACUUGCCCAGAAGUAUACGGAACAUGGUCAAGCAGCCACGGCUGUGCUAUCUUCGACUCUUGGGCGAGAUCAAGUGUCCACCUACACUCGUUGGGUUGGCCAGCCUACUGAUGUUGCCAUGUUGGAUCUUCUUGACCGCUUCAAGGAACACGACGUUCGAGAAUCUAUUGGCCCUCGAGUAAGCGAGACGCCGUUCAGCUCCGAGCGAAAGUGGAUGGGAGUUACCAUUGGCUCAGAAACAAGGGGCGACAAGGAGUAUGCCUACAUGAAGGGUUCUAUCGAAAAGGUUCUUGCCGCGUGCGACACGUAUCUGGAACAGGAUGGAAGAGAAAUUGUCUUGGACUCAGCUCGUCGUCAAGAAGCUCUCCAGGCCGCUGAAACCAUGGCUGUCCAGGGCCUACGAGUCCUAGCAUUUGCGAGCGGCUCGGUCUCACGACCACUGAGGAACAGGUCAGCACCACGCAACACACCUGGUUUCGACAGGAGCGAGAGCCCUCUCUCUCACAACCCGGAUGAUAUUUAUAAGGGCCUCACAUUUGCUGGCCUGGUUGGCAUGCGCGAUCCUCCCCGACCCGGAGUUGGAAGAUCCAUCAGGCGGCUGAUGCGAGGCGGUGUCAAGGUCAUCAUGAUCACUGGUGACGCCGAAACAACAGCCCUUGCCAUUGGCAAGCAGCUUGGUAUGAAUAUUGCGGCUCCCAGCGGUCAUAUGGGUGGCCAGGGUACCGUCAAGUCUGUUCUCCGAGGUGAUGAAGUCGACAGGAUGUCCGAGGCGGAUCUUGCCCAGGCCAUGCAACAUACGACGAUUUUUGCGCGCACGAAUCCCGAUCACAAGCUGAAGAUCAUCAGGGCGCUUCAAUCCAGAGGCGAUAUUGUCGCCAUGACUGGAGACGGAGUGAACGAUGCGCCUGCACUGAAGAAGGCCGAUAUCGGUAUCUCUAUGGGCCGUCACGGAACAGAUGUCGCCAAGGAGGCAGCGGAUAUGAUUCUGACAGACGAUGACUUUUCGACGAUCCUUCGUGCUAUUGAGGAGGGCAAGGGCAUCUUCAAUAACAUCCAGAACUUCUUGACCUUCCAGCUGAGCACCAGCGCCGCCAGUCUGGCUCUUGUGUUUAUCUGCACAUGCUUCGGCUUCAAGUCCCCCUUGAACGCCAUGCAGAUUCUCUGGAUCAACAUUAUCAUGGAUGGACCUCCCGCUCAGUCUCUGGGUGUCGAGAGAGUAGACCCCGACGUCAUGACCAAGCCUCCCCGAAGACGAGGAGACCCUGUUCUUACUCGCGCACUCAUCUCACGCGUACUAACAUCGGCUGCCAUUAUCACCAUCGGAACAAUGCUCAUCUACCGGCGCGAGAUGGUGGCCGAUGGCCAAGUGACGCGACGAGACACGACCAUGACCUUUACUUGCUUCGUUUUCUUCGAUAUGUUCAACGCUCUCAGCUGCCGAUCUGAGUCCAAGUCGGUACUACGGGGCGAGGUUGGACUCUUUUCCAACAACCUGUUCAAUUGGGCCGUCUCCCUCAGCAUCGCGGGCCAGUUGCUUGUCAUUUAUUUCCCCUGGCUUCAGGAAACGUUCCAGACGGAAGCCCUCGGGUUCUUCGAUCUUGUACGACUAUUCAUUCUGUGCAGCACGGUGUUCUGGGCAGAUGAGGUGCGGAAAUAUCUUAGCCUUCCAAACGGCCUCUCCCACCGCCCAGAGCACGAUCACACCGUCGUCGAAUCCACCACCUUGUCCCUUCAGAAUGCCACGACUGAGUCUGACAUCCGCGAUGCGCUCGCCGCCCUGCACGCCCGCGAGACCUCUAUAACGUCCCGUCUCGGUGCUCUCGUCGCUUCCCAAGCUGACCUCUCCCGCGACCUCGGUCGGCUAGACCUCCUGCGGGCAGGACUCGGUGCGCAGGUCAUCGCCGCACGAUCCAUCGGAAAUGACAUGCUGGCAACUGCGGCGGACACGGCAGGCCGGCUGAGUGAUAAAGUCAAAGAGUUGGACCUGGAGAAGAGCCGAGUCGAGGAGACGCUUGGCGUGGUGGAACAGGUUGCAGAGCUCAAGGCAUGCGUCAACGGUGUAGUUGGUUCCAUGGGCGCUCCCCAGGACUGGGAGGCUGCUGCUGGAUACCUGUCGAGGGCGAGCAAGGUGCCAGACGAGAUCGUCAAGGGUCCAUUUGCUGUCAGCAUAGUACCGAGCGUCGAGGUGCCCGACCCGCCGUGGGUGACGCUGGAGGAUGCCAAGGAGAGCCUGUGUGGUCUCUUCCUACGAGAGUUCGAGAAGGCGGCAGAGGAGAGCGACGGAACCAAGGUCACACGGUUCUUCAAGCUCUUCCCACUGAUAGGUCGAGCCGACGUCGGUCUGGAUGUCUAUGGACGAUACGUGUGUCAAGGUGUGGCCGGCACAGCUCGGGCGACGCUUAAGGACGCCAUGGGUAGUCAGCGCAAAGAAGGAUUCUUCUAUGCCAACGCCCUGACGAAGCUCUUUGAGCACAUUGCGCAGAUUGUCGAAGGCCACGGAGGACUCGUGGAACGUCACUAUGGCUCUGGAAAGAUGGUCCGAGUUAUUGAGCGCCUGCAGAUGGAAGCCGACGUCCAAGGAGGCAUCAUUGUCGACACAUGGAGCGACGAGAGAGGAAUCGACAGGAAACUCACAGAUGUUAGGAGCUAUCCCUUCUCGUUCCUCGUUCAGAGCUUCCUACCUCAGCCACCGCGAGGUGGUACGCCGAGGGUGAACUCGCCGGCGAUUGGGGUGGGCAAUAACCCCAGAGAGAGCGAAGACGAGGGCGUCAACAUGAAGGAGGUUGACGGCCUAUUAAGUGAAAUUGCCGUGAUGCUUGGCCGAUGGUCAUUAUACACCAGGUUUCUUGCUGGCAAAUGCAAGGACCCAAACACAGCAGACGACGCGCCGCUUGUCAUACCUGAUGUUUUGAUCAAGUCGAAUCUAUACCGAAAAGUGUCGACAAAGCUCACGUCGCCAUACAAUGUCAUGACUACGUUCUUCUUCCGGCGAUCCGUGGAAAAGGCAUUUCAACUGGAUGAAUACCCUACCGGUCUGUCGUUGAGUUUGAACAGGCAUAUUGACAGCAACGCUCCCUAUAUCAUCUUGGCGGUCGACGAUGUCAUGUACAUCGUAAACGCUGUUAUCCAGAAAUCCAUCUCCACAUCACAAAGAGACGUCAUCGCCUCCGUAAUACCAACUAUUGGGAGAGUCCUCGGCUCCGACUUUGUUGGCAUGAUCCAGCGCAAGAUGCGGGAUGAAUCUUAUCCCAAGCCAGUGGUCCAAGGAGGAUUCCCGCCCGAGGAGAAGAUUAUUCACUUUAUUGUUCUCAUCAAUAGUCUGGACAUGGCCAAUGAGUAUCUUACGCGCAUCAUCACGGGCCGGAUAGGCGAUUCUGGUCAAAUACCGAAUGGUGAUGUCCAGAACGGGCCACUCAAGGACUCAUUCCCCUUCGAAAGGGACGUCACAUUCGUCGCCAAUGCCUUACACACGCUUCAAACGUCCUUUAUCGGGAAGACGACCGAGCUUCUUAACGAAGGAAUUCAAGUGCUCUUCAACCAAGUUGUCAAGCUCAGGUUACGCCCUGUGUUGACUGAUACGUUCCGUGACGCAGACUACACGCUGUCCGAAGACGACCUUGCCGAAAUAGCCCAGCAGAACGACGAGGAUGAGGACGAGCUCAUUGAACAAGUACCCCGGCGCUUCGAACACGGCUGGGACCUGCUCAUGAAGCCUAUCGCGCGGCUGAUGACACCUGGAACAUACAGCCAGCUCCUGGACAUCACAGCACGUUACCUAUCAAAGAUAUGGGAGAAGAAGGUACUCGGUUAUGCAGGACGUACCAACGCCCUGGGUGCGAUUCGCAUUGAGCGCGACUUUAUCGCCUUGGUGGAUGUCGUUUCCAGAGGGGACUACGCUGUGAGAGAGGUGUUUUCCAAGGUGCUGCAGCUUCUCAUGGUCGCAAAUAUGGAAGAUGAGGAAUGGGAUGAGAUUAUGGCGCAAGAUGGAGAAGACGAUGGCAUCGACUGGGUUCUGACUGACGAGGAGAGGAGGAGGGCAAGGAGCUUGGUCAGGGGCUGA